AUAACACGAAAGUAAGAAGGAAAAGGAAAGCAAAGUAAUAAAGAAAGAAAGAAAGAAAGAAAGGAAGGAAAAGAAAGAAAGACAAAGGUUCUCAAAACUCCAUGAUUAUUCAAAUUCUUUCAAAAAUAGGUCCAACCAGUGGUGCUUCCCCUACUACUUAAUCAACCUCAGGAGGACAUCUCAUAGUUUCUACAAAGACCGUAUUUGGGCUUCAACAUCAAGAAACAAAGGAAAAAAAGGGAAAGAGAAAAAGGAACUUUUCUUUGUAAGAUCUCAAAGCGAAGAAGAAGAACAACAAGGCAUGAAUAGAGGUGUUCUUCAAAGCUCCCCAGUGCAACAAAUGAUGGCUGGGAACCCUAACUGGUGGAAUAUCAAUAUCAAUAGCAUGAGGCCACCAUCUCCACAACCACAAGCUCCUCCUUUCCUUCCCACUCCUUCCAACUUUCUCACCCCAUAUCCCCCUUCUUCUUCUUCUUCUCUUCCCUUUCCUUCUUGGCCAGAAAAUCAAGAGGUUCCUGAGUCAUGGAGCCAGCUACUCAUGAGUGGAGUUGUGGCUGAAGAAGAUAAGGGUGCUAUGGCCCAGUUUCAGAAUCAAAUGCUAACUCAGGCUCCAAAUGCUUCCUUUAUUGAUGUUAAACAAGAAAACUCGGGAAACAGCUAUGUGUAUGGGCAUGGAAACGAAGAACUUCACUCAGCAAAGUCUUGUUGGUCUCCAAAAUCCUGUGUGACAAGUUUUAGUAGCAACAUGCUGGACUUCUCUAACAAUAAUAGGGAUCAUGUGAGGCUUCAUCCACCACCAGAUCUAUCUUCUGAGUGCAACAGCACCACUGCAUCUGGUGGGGCAAUGAAGAAAGCUAGGGUUCAACCCUCUACAUCUCAACCUACCUUCAAGGUUAGGAAGGAGAAGUUAGGUGACAGAAUUACUGCCCUUCAUCAGUUAGUUUCCCCAUUUGGGAAGACUGACACAGCCUCUGUCUUGUUAGAAGCUAUUGGGUAUAUCAGAUUCCUUCAGAGUCAAAUUGAGGCCCUUAGUUUACCAUACUUGAGCAGUGGAUCAGGAAGCACGAGGCAGCAACAACAACAGCAUGUAAGAAAUAAUGUCCAAGGAGAAAAGAAUAGUAUAUUUCCUGAAGACCCAGGUCAGCUGCUAAAUGAAAACGGCUUGAAGAGGAAAGCCACUGAAGGGCAGGAUUCUCAAGAAGAGUCAAAGAAGGACCUGAGGAGCAGAGGUUUGUGUCUGGUUCCAGUGUCAUGCACACUGCAAGUUGGGAGUGACAAUGGAGCAGACUAUUGGGCUCCUGCCUUUGGAGGGGGCUUUCAGUAAAUCAACUUAACGAUUGGGGGCAGCAGCAUAUACAUACAAAUAUGGUGGCAUAUUGUGCGUGCAGAAGGUAAAUUCAAGGAAAUGAUAUAACAUCAUGAGCAGUCAAUCUGCUAAAAAAAUUAAGGCUGAUUGCUCAUGAUGUUAUACUUCAUUAUUCCUGAAUAAAUUGUAUGCAAGCCAGCCAUGAUGAUAAGUAUAAGAUGGUGGUGUCAAUAUUGCGCUAUAUUUCAAUGUAUAUGCAAUAUCUGUAUCAUUAAUUAUCAUUUGAAUGCUACAUUUUUAGCAGCAUUAACAAAUAUUAUUUGUAUUAUUGCUAGUACUUUUUUUCAAGUUAACCUUGGUGUUUUUAAGCGCAAUUAAA